AUACUGCUCCGGUGUCGGGGACCGUGAACGUGUGGGAGGGAAACCGUAUAACUCCGAGUAUGACGAAUGAAGAAGCUCAGGAGGAAGAGAGAGAAGUCCUGGCAUCCAUCUAUGAAUCAGACGAUAGCUUCACUCAACUGUCACCAACUUCCUUUGCCUACAGAGUAUAAUGCGGAGCACACAAAACCCACACAAUAGUGUUUUACCAACAUACAAUGGAUUCAGAAUGAUGUUGACAUUAUCCUCUUUUUAGUGAAAUGCAUUAUUGCCAUGCUAACCCCCACAUAUAGCACAGUGUUAGUUUGAUGAACAUUGAGCGUGGAAGGGGGUAAGGCGGUGUUAUUGUUUUGCUGUUGAUUAGGUUGGAGAGAAGGGGCACCCCCAGUCCUUCAUGAUAGAGGUGGAGUGGGGGGGAGGGUACCCAGACGAGAUGCCGAGAUUAUCCCUCAACUCUUUCUACAACAAAAACAUGUCCGAGAAAAGCAAGAAGGCUAUUGUUGAAGCUUUGAAGAAAGAGGCUGAAGUCCUGUUGGGCUCUCCAAUGACGUAUUCUCUGAUACAGUAUGCUCAAGACAAUGCCCAAGAUCUCUUGGCUCUGAUGCCAAGUGAUAAGGUAAGUUUUGAAGGUUUGGACUCACUCUACAUUCAGCCUUGUCGAGCUAGGUUGUGGAGGGAGAGGAGGGAGAGAGGGAGGAGAAGAGGGGGAGGGGGAGAUAGGGGGGGUGGGUGUGGAAAGGGGAGAGGCAGAAGGAAACGAGAGGAGAAGAGAGAAAAAGGAGGUGCUGACCAAGAGAGCCAAGAGAAAAAUGGCCGACAGAAUGAAUGCUCAAGGAGAGAGACCAAGAGGAUGGGACUGGGUCGACGUUGUGAAGGAGCUGAGCAGAACGGGUUCUCAGCCGUCUUGAACCUCUCGACAGCAGCUAACGUGUCUUCUUCGCUCUGCCACUGUGUCUCGAAACGUUCAUUGAUCAGUCAUCAACAAUAAAUAAAAUACUUGUAUAUACAAUAAAUAAAAAUAAUAGCUUCAACAUCUCUUCAACUCUCUCUAUAAUAGCUCCCUUCUAUGAACUCAAAUAUUUCUCUCUGUUUUGCUUGCUGGCUGUGUGCUGGCUGUCUGUACAGUCGAGGUGCAGAUGAUAAUAAAUAAAGAUGUGACAAAAAUGAUUGGCUGCCUGCAUGAUUACACACGUGUGAUGAUGUCGUGAUGACAUC